AUGCUAUUUUUGUUUCAAAUAAUUUUUUGUUCAAAACAAAUAUUAGAUCAUAAUGUACCAUUAGAUCUAAGAAUAAAUAUAUCAAGUACCUCAAGAGCAUCAAAAAAUAAAGGAUUAUGUGGGAAUGUAGAUAUACAACAAAAGAGUCAAGAACCGAUUAAAACAGUAGAUAAAUAUUUAGAUGUAAAUCAACCUGAUUCUAAUUUAUUAACGAAUUUUACAGGUAAAGAUUUAAACAGUAGAUGUAAAAACGUUGAUUAUGAUUUAUGUAAUUUUUCGUUUCAAUAA